CACACAAAACUCACAUUUCAUCAAACCACUCAAAACAGAAAGAAAAAAAACAGAGGAUUCUUCUAAAGAGAUUCUAAAUUCUGUUGGUGGUUUUGUAAGUGAACGCAGAGAUGACGAUGGAAGAGAAGCUUUUGAUCAACGAACUGGAACAAGGGAGAGAGCUUGCGAAACUAUUGAUGAGCAAUCUCAAACAAACUUCUUCAAUUGAAUCCAGCAAAACCUUGAUCUCUGAAAUUAUCCGUAUUUACCAGAAUGCCAUUUUCAUGUUGAGCUUGAAUGAAGACGACAAGAACAUCCUUAAGCGAAGCCCAGAGUUCAAUGACAAGAAUUCUAAAACCGUGUUUAAAAAGAGGAAAACAUCGGCGGAGAAGAAGACAGAGAAAGUUAGGGUUGUAGUUGGAGAAGGACAAGAAAAGGGUUUGAUUGAUGAUGGUUUUAGCUGGAGAAAAUAUGGGCAAAAAGAUAUUCACGGAUUCAUAAAUCCUAGAGGAUAUUUCAGAUGCACACAUCGAUUCACGCAGAAUUGUCUAGCAGUGAAGCAAGUCCAGAAAUCAGACAAAGAUCCUUCGAUAUUCGAAGUGAAAUACGUCGGAAACCACACUUGUAACAAUACACCCCCGAAGACGAAGACCCCGAACCUCUCUGUUUCAAUGUUCGAAGAAGGAAACAGAGCACAUGUAACAGAGCAAUCAGAAGACAUUAAACCGACGAAAACCGAGGAAGUGACGAUAAGUCUUGAUGAUCUGGAGGAGAAGAAGAACAUUUUCAGGACGUUUUCUUUCUCUAACCACGAGAUUGAGAAUGUUGGUGGGUGGAAAAGCAACAUUCUCUCGGAAAAUUUGAUGGGAAAUCUGUCACCUGCAACAUCAGGGUCUGGAAUUACCGCCGAGAUUGUAAGUGCUCCUGCUCUUGUUGAGAAUUCGGAGACUGCAGAUUCGUAUUUCUCGUCUUUGGACAAUAUUAUCGAUUUUGGACAGGACUGGUUGUGGUCGUAGUAGCUUUACAUUGGUAAAAUGUAACUUUCUCAUGGCCGUAAUUAUAGAUGGUCCGAGUGUAAUCUCAGUGUUAUAGUAUUAUUUCAGUUAAUGGAUAGAGAUUGGCUUUUAGCCUUUUAGGAUAUGAUUUUUGCCUUUUUUCUAGUAGGGUUUGUGAAUUCCCAGUGAAGUUCGAUGGUACUACUUUAUGACAAUUAAUUAAGAAAUGA